GUUUCUGCUUCUGAACAUGCAUCUGCAUAUUUGCUAUUGCCUACACUCUAUCAUAAACUCUGGAUCAGUCCUGGAACAAUCUAUAUCUUCCUUCAUCUCCAAGCGCAGUGCCUUGUUUGAACUACUUGAGUUCUUCCUGACUACGAAAUCUCCGGAAGGUCUUCGUGCAAGUCAACUUGCAUGUUGUGUUAUUUCAGAACAGUGGUGGCUGUUCAGGAAAGCAACCUUUGCAUCCACAGAGAUAGAAGCUUUAGGGUACUCUCCAGAUGAAUCCAUUCUUCAAAAGUUCUGGAAGCUUUGUGAACGCCAACUAAAUAUUCCAGGUGGUUCCAUGUUUCUAUUUGAUUGGAAAGUACUACAAGAUUUCCGUAAAGAUGGUCACCAUUGGAGGAAGAAGAAGGAUGGUGAAACUGUUAAUGAAACUCGUGAAAAGAUGAAGGUAACAGGACUGUGCGAGAAAGCGAAGGAUAUUCUAGUGCAAGAGAGUAAUGUGCAGCUCUAAAUCCUGAUAAAUUGACUGAAUUUAUGCUGCUAGAUCAAGCACCAGUUAGCCACAAUACUCAUCUAUUCAGGGUGAUAUCCUUUAGAACCUUAAGAUAACCUUGUUGCUGAUAACUUUUAGCGCUCUUCAAUUCCAUGAAGUUUAUAUGUUUAAGUGAGGGAACGGGCUACUAUUUUCCACCAUGCCACAUAGUUAAUAUAAGUGGUUUCCGGGUGUUACUGCCCUUUGGACCUUUCAUCCCUAGCUGUAUCCACUUGUUAUUUCUUCCCUGCUUGAUGAGAAAGCUUCAAUUCAAUGAGGCCAAAGUUCAUCAAAUUCAGAGUCUGUAGGACAUGAUGUUUCGGAGCUUCUUGAUUCCAAAAGUUUGAUACUGGCUGAGCCUGGUUUAAAACUGUGAAAAGCUUGCCGAAUAUUUAUUCCAUAGAUCUAGUACUAAUCUCAAGUUCGGUGGGUAUGCUAGGGUGACCAUUUCUUACCAGCCUCAAAGACUUCAGAGCAAAGCUUCCAGGCUUGGGAAACUGAUGAUGGAUGCCCUUAUUUCCAUGCAUAUGGAAUUGAGAAAAUCCUAUGGACCUGAGGAGCCUGGUUUCCCUCAAUGGAUCAGAUGGGAAAACUUGAACUACUUCCUAGGGCACUAAAGGAUAUUGGUUUAGGCAGUGAAAGUAUAGAGCUUGGUGGAUGGCUGUCAUACAGGU